AUGAAUCCGAACCCAGGAACCAUGUCGCCUGUCUCCGUGGACGGCAGUGACUGGUCCGGGAUCAACCAAUACCAGAAAUCCGAACCCCCGUUCUCUCCCACUUUUUCGAAUCGCGGAAAUCUAGCGACCCCUCCGACAUCAGGCGUUUCCAGCGGGCUGGCCCCCAAUGGCGCAGGCGCGCCAAAUGGGUCUGCAAGCGGUGUGAGCGACUCGGGGAAUCCGUCGCCUCCGAGUUCCGUAGCGGCGCGGUCGAGCAAUGGAACCCUGGCGGAGGAUCGCGGUAAACGCCAGAAGAAGAUGGAGGAGUUCCUAGGGCAACACUACGUCGCGCUGAGAAGAUUUCUCAAUGCGCCUUAUCGAGAUGACAGGGGGAACAACAAGUCGAAUAAGGCCCGAGAUAAACUGCUGCGGCUCUCGGCCACCCAGUUCCACGAGCUCAGUACCGAUGUCUACGAUGAACUGCUCCGUCGACAGCAGGCCAUGCCACCUUCUGGACGACCGGGUCCUCCACGUCCCGACGUGCCACCGUUCCUUCCCCCGCGGGAAGAUUUUCACGAGAAACGCAACCAAGCACGACAGAAACUCGCCUCUCUCCACCAUGGACGGUUCAGAGACUUGGCGACAGAUGUCUUCUGCGAGCUGGAACGACGGUUCCCCCAGUUCCCAGCGCGCGAAUCUCGCAGGGCGAGUCCUGCUCCAAGUCUACACGGGCGGCCGUCGAACGGCUAUCCCCCCAACGGGUACGGCCCCAAUGGGUACCCUCCACCGCCAGGCAGUCGGCGCUCCCAGUCUCGGGGUCCACCGGGCCGCACGGGCAUGGGAUAUCCGUCCGGUGGCCCGCCUGGCAGUCCCAUGGCUGGAUAUCCUCCCCGUCAAGGAUCCUUGGGUGGGGCAUCAUCAGUAAACGGCGACUCGGGCCCGCAAGCCAAAUCUUUCCAGAGUAAUACUAUUGUUCCCAACAAGAGCACAAUGGUGGAGGAUGAUGACGAUGCGGUCGGCACGGAGGACGAUUAUGAUGCCCGAAGCGAUGCGUUCGCUCUAGAUGGGGUUUUGCAAAGCAGAAGAGGUACUACGACAACAUUAGGCGAGGGAGAAAGGAAGCUUUUGGCAGAGACACAGUCCCAGGCAUCGGCAUUGCAGGAUCAUGUGAGCAAGUUAGAAGAGUUGCUCAAACAAAAAGAUCAAGAGCUCUCCAAGUAUCAGGCAGAGCAGGGAAAGGUGGACAAACUUGAGGAGCUAAUCAGGUCAAAAGAGAAGGAAAUCUCAAAGUAUCAAGAAGAGCAUGAGAAGUCGCAGGUAACAAGCGCGGAGAAAGAGGAGUGGGAAGCCCUCAGGAUGGAUCUUCAGAGUAAAAUCUCCCAGGCGGAGAAUCUGAACAGCUCUCUCCAGCUUGAGUUGGAGAAGGUACGAACGGAGCACGAUGCCACAGAACGAGAUCUUCGCAGCCAACUCAGCGAGGCAUCGCGACAAAGUGUUGGCGACGUGGAGCUCCAAGCCCGUUUUGCUGAAUUGGAGGUCAAGCACCAGAGUCUCCAGGCCGAGUUACAGGAACAACAGCAGGUGACAGAGGAGGUCAAGCGAGAAGCAUCCGCAUUUUUGAUGGAAAUGAAGGCCUUGACGGAGCAAAGCCAUUCUAAAUGGGAGCAUGAAGAGCGACUGUCAGGCGAGGUUCAACGGCUGGAGGAAGAAGUCAAACAAUGGAAGAGCCGGUAUGCCAAAGCUAAAACUCAGCUUCGACAUCUUCGGGCAGCUUCUGGUGACAUAUCAGAUUCGCAUCCCGGCCUUGGCAGAGUGGUGCCUGAGGAUGAAGAAUUCAUGCAGGAACGGGGGUUGGUCAGGGACAUACAUGUUACCAGGUUCCAGAUUUCCAUCGACGAGUUGCUCCGUACCGCACGAUCCGACGAGCAUCAACUUGUCAUGAACCAGAUCAACGGUGUCAUUCUCGCAGUCCGGCAGGUUCUUCGGGAUAUUGAGAUGACCCAAGACCCUGCAGAUGGACUAGCUGCUCUGCGGACUAAAGCCACACGCAGGGUGUCUGCGACGGCCAACAAUAUGAUCACUGCCGCUAAGAACUUCGUCCGAUCGAACGGCCUCUCACCCGUCUCGCUUCUGGAUGCUGCUGCCUCACACUUAUCAACUGCGGUCAUUGAGCUCGUCCGUCUCGUGAAAAUGCGCCCCACCCCGGCCGAGGAGCUCAACGACGAGGAUGAAGAGGAGCGAGAACAGUUUUCACAGAUGAAAUCUCCUGACUACUUUAGCGUUGCCCCCAGUCAUAGUCGGAUGAGCAAUAAUGGGUCCAUUUACAGCGUCAUGAGCCCUCCCUCAAAUCAUUCUCGAAAUGGAACAGCUUCCCAUUUUGAGACUGGAUUGUCCAACGGCAUUACACCAACUCCACAGCGGAAACCUGACGACCAUGAGCUUCAGGAAUUGAAGAUUUACGUCGAAGACCAAACAGACGGCCUCGUCCAGUCCAUCCAGGCCCUUGUCGCCAGCAUUCGAGCCGAAGACGGAAUGACAGCCAUUCGCACUCAUAUCUCCGCCAUCUCCUCCGUUGUUUCCAAUGUCACCUCAUCCACCGAACAUCUCAUCAACAAACCCAACAUGAGCUCGUCUCUGAGAGAGCGCUCUGGCCCCAUCCUUCAAUCGCUCGGCCACCACCGGGCCCGUCUCAUGGAGGCAGCGAACGAGGGCGACGAUGCCAUUGACAUCUCAGAGCUUCGACAAGUCACCAAGAAGUUCCCGCCCAUCGCAUUUGAGAUUGCGAGGGAAACAAAGGAGUUGGUCCACCGACUCGAUCUCACUGAUGACAAUGAUUCCGAAGAGGACGACUUCCGGUGA